GGGAGCCAGGCAUGGCUAGCAGAUCCCGAGUGUCCGAGCGCGCACGUGGACGAGACGGCGGCGAUCGGCUUGAUGGAGGAGUUCGCCUUCUCCGACUCGCUGUUCGCGGCGGAGAGGCCACGCACGAGGAACGGGCCCGACGUUUCGGGCUACAGCGCCAAGCUGUGCGAGGCCCAGUGGUUCGAGUCUCGGGACGUGGACGCGCGGUGUCGGGAUGACUCGGAGCGCCUCACCCUGCACAAGUUCCGCGGCGACGCGGCCUACCGGGCUCGGGACUACGCCGCCGCCCUGGGCUGGUACGAUGCCUGCCUGUCGCUGGUGCCGCUCAGUAACACGGCGGUGCGGCGAGAUGCGCUGGAGGCGCGGAGUCGCUGUCUCUCUCACGUGGGCCGCACAGAUGAGGCCCUGAAGACGGCACAUACCCUGGGCACCAUCGCGACGAACACGGACCACGACUGUGUGGUGCACGCGCUGGUGGCGGCGAUCCAGCGGCAGGCCGGCCACCUGCAGGGCGAGCUGUCGGCCCUGACGCGACUCACGAGCCUGCGUCCGCUAGACGCCUGGCACUGGCGGCGGCUGGCGGCGAUUUACCAGGAGCUGUCGCGAUGCGCCCGGGGCGGCGAACAAUGCAAUGGGGAGCAGUCGCACAACGGCAGUGACAGCCACAGCAACGGAGGCGGCAGCUGUGGCAGUGGAAGCUCGCACAACUGUGACAGCCACAGGCCGUGUGAUAACAGUGACCCCUCAACUGCAUGCGGAUUUCAAAGUUGCAUUCAUAGCGAUUCCCACGAUGCCAGCACCUGUGCUCUGCCUAAUGUUGGGGACGAAGCUGCGAAGCGAAUGAGCGAAAACAACAAAUGUGUAACAGACGUGUGUACAAAAGCUGCAGCAGCGGCAGCAGGAGAUGCUGAAUCGAUGGAACUGAUGAGCGGAUCGCGAGCGGUGACAGAUGAACCAGAAAGAUGGAGGCUUUAUGCUUGUGCGUGUCGCGUGAGAGCAAGGUUGCUUCUGCAGCUCUCCAGUCCAUCCCAGUCGGCUUUCAUCCUGGACAGGAACUUAGAGGCUCAAGCGAACAUCACUUCAGACUUGGAGAAAAGCGGCGUUGGGGAAACGACUCUGAUGUGCAUGGCAGAGGUGUUGGGGGAAGACCUGGUGACAUUGGGGACGACGGGAGACGAAUCACAGGGGACCGACGAGGCUCGUAGUCACGACGACACUCCUAGUCACGACGAUACUCCUCAUUCCAUUGGCCAGUUUGAGAAGAGGUGGUUCGGGAGGCUGUACGGUGUAGCCCACGGUGACCCCGUGGCUACACUGAGGGCAUCUGGCGACUAAUUUUGCUAGCUUUCCCAGCACGUGACAUUAUUUCACAAGCCUGCAAAUGAUCGCUAUGGAUGCAUUCCUGAACACAGUACUCAAAACUCAGCAUUUGACUUGAUAAUUGAAAUGAAAUACCAGGUCUUGAGUCCCACCACAGGCCAGCUGUCCAUUUAUUUAAUAAGAUGGUUGUAAAACAUUUUGAUACUUUGCCUGUAAUGGGGGCGAUGACAUUUGCUGGGUCCUAUGGACUUGUUUCAUAAUAUGUUACUAAUACUGAAUGGUUCUUAAUACACCAAGUAGGCUUUUGUAGUUGUGUUGUAUGGCUGUUUUUUUUCGGGUUUGUACCAUGUAUUGUUUGACACGAGGUAUACGAUGAUUUUCUCCCGUGUACUGGGAGCUUCUUUGGGAACUAAAUUCUUAAGGAAAAUAGAUGAGACAGCUCCGGUAAUUUGUACAUUUAAACAAUGCACAGCCUAUUAGUUUGAAGUAUCAUACUGCAAAAUACAAAUGAGAUCACAGCAAAGUUGCGACAAUCAUUUUAAUUCAAAUCUUAAAACAUUCAUAGUAAUUUAAACAUUUUUAAAAUACUAAAUAUUUGCAUUGAACAAUAUGGUAUAAAUAUUGGAACAUUUUGGUUGAAAAGUGCUUUUGUUAAUUGCAAACAGCAGGUAUGCAAGGACUUAGGAGGGUAGCCACAAUGUCAUUUUCCAUGGUACAAUAUUAAUUUUCAUGAUGCGACAAUUAUCCCGAUAUAAUUUUCCCAUAGCUUUGUAAAAACUUUUCACUUUUCUCUUAAGGUUUUUGUGCUUUGGUGUAUGUCCAUUACGAAUAAAGAUUACUCGAAAGAUCCUC